AACGCUUUUAUAUAUAUAUAUGGUUAGCUAACAAAAGGGAAAGCUAAAAAAAAUAGAUAGCCCGAUCCAUGAGAAGCCAAGAGCCACGUUCAAGCUCUUCUUGUGCAGCUUGCAAGUUCAUGAAAAGGAGGUGCACCCCUCACUGCCUCUUUGCACCUUAUUUUCGAGGCGACGAGCCCAAAAAGUUCGUCAAGGUUCACAAGGUCUUUGGUGCUAGCAAUGUUACUAAGAUAUUAAAUGAAGUCCCCGAACCACAAAGACAAGAUGCGGUGAAUUCACUUGUGUUCGAGGCCGAGGAACGACUCAAAGACCCUGUGUAUGGAUGUAUAGGUGCAAUUGCAUCUUUGCAAGAUAAGAUGUUUCAGCUUCAGCAUGAUCUAGCCGUGGCUAAAGCCCGGCUAGCUCGAUGCUCUAACUAUUCUAAAACAUCUUAUGCUUCUUGUUCUACUGACUCACCAUUGUUGAUGCUGGAUGGUGAUUUUGGUAUCACGUCGCUAGACGACUUUGUGAUGGAUCACGGUGGGUUGAUGACUGAAUUUCGUGAUCAACACUCUUUUCCACAACUCUAAAUAGUGACGUUAUUUUAGGAGUUGAUGACAUGAUAUCUUAUCUUUUAUGUGCCAAGGACUUCUAUGAGACUAAUGUUGUAGAUCUUCAAGUUAAUUGUCUCUUACAUAUUAAUUAUUAUUAAGGGGUUCAAAAUCAGGCAUAAAACUUAUAUUUUAUGUUGUUUUAAAGCAAUUUCAAUGGCUCUUGAUGAGUUUGUUGUAAUGUAAUUAUUGGUCUUGAAAAAUUUGCCAUAGAGAUGCUUAUUCUUCUUACUUUUCGUUGUC